GAGAGAGAGAAAGAACGAGAAAGAGAACUGAAGGGAGUGGAGUGCGCGGUUGUCCGGGCGGCCAUUGCGGGUACCUUGUCGAAAACCGCGAAGACGAUAAAGUGCAUUGUGUUAGGCGGAUUAAAAUCCAGAAGAAUCAAGAGUCAUCCUCGUAUCAAGGUGCUCCGUGUGAAGCCCGGUACGCGCACGAAACUCCGGUCCGAUGGCUGAGACCGACAAGUUAAACAUUGACAGCAUCAUAGGUCGAUUGUUAGAAGUACGAGGUGCUAGACCAGGAAAAAAUGUACAAUUGUCCGAAGGAGAAAUUCGGGGACUUUGUCUCAAAUCCCGUGAAAUUUUUCUGUCACAGCCUAUUUUGCUAGAACUUGAAGCACCGCUUAAAAUAUGUGGUGAUAUUCAUGGUCAAUAUUACGACUUAUUGCGACUUUUUGAAUACGGUGGAUUUCCACCCGAAAGCAAUUAUCUCUUUUUAGGAGAUUACGUUGAUAGAGGAAAACAAUCUUUAGAAACCAUUUGUCUUCUUCUUGCCUAUAAGAUCAAGUACCCUGAAAACUUUUUCUUACUCAGAGGUAACCAUGAAUGUGCUUCUAUUAACAGGAUAUAUGGAUUUUAUGACGAAUGUAAACGCCGAUACAACAUUAAGUUGUGGAAAACUUUUACGGAUUGCUUCAAUUGUUUACCUGUUGCUGCUAUUGUCGAUGAGAAAAUAUUUUGUUGUCAUGGUGGUUUGAGUCCGGAUCUUCAAAGCAUGGAACAAAUCAGACGUAUCAUGCGACCAACGGAUGUGCCAGAUCAAGGACUUCUUUGUGAUUUAUUAUGGUCUGAUCCAGAUAAAGAUACUAUGGGUUGGGGUGAGAAUGAUCGUGGCGUAUCUUUCACAUUUGGCGCAGAGAUAGUUGCUAAAUUUUUACAUAAACACGAUUUUGAUCUGAUAUGCCGUGCACAUCAGGUAGUUGAAGAUGGCUAUGAAUUUUUUGCAAAGCGACAAUUGGUAACUCUAUUUUCGGCUCCAAAUUAUUGUGGCGAAUUUGAUAAUGCUGGUGCCAUGAUGUCGGUAGACGAGACGCUCAUGUGCAGUUUCCAAAUUUUAAAGCCAGCAGAUAAAAGGAAAUUCACUUAUGGCGGUCUGAAUGCAGGAAGACCGGUAACACCUCCACGAGGUGCAAAUAACAAAAAUAAGAAGAAGUGAAAUUAUUAGAAUGGUUUUUGGACGCAAAAAACUUAGGAUCUAUCUACCGUUUCCCACGUCCGUUAUUUUUUGUUUUUUUUUUGUUUUUUUUUUUUUUGUUUUUUUUUUUUUUUGACAUUUGGAAUUCUUAUAAAUGCGAGUUGCUAUUAAUUCAUUGUGAAACAUAGGGAGUUGAUUCAAAAGAAAAGAAAAAGAAAAACAAAAAAAAAAAGAAAAGAAAAGAAAAAAAAUACGCAAUGACUACUUAACAAAAUGGUAGGUAUAAUCCGGAGAGGCGUUGCUCGUUAUUCGCAAGAGAUUUGAAAAAAAGAUAAUGAAAGUAAUUCAGUUACGGUAAAGUAGAAUAUAUCGAUCGGAAAUUGAUUUCUGUGUGUACGUAUGCACGGUCGACUUAAAUAUGGAAUAAUAAACAAACAAAAAAAAUAUAUAUAUAUAUGUUUUAAGAAAAGGCACGAAUUAACGAGGAGGUAAAAAAAAAGGAACAAAAAUAAUAAACACCGGGCAUAAAGGACGAAAAAUUUGAUUAAAAUGACGUAGAUCUUAUAAUACUAAUAAUAAUAAUAAUAAUAAUAAUACUAAUAAUAAUAAUAAUAAUAAAUAAAUAAAUAAAUAAAUAAUAAUAAUAAAUAAAUAAAUAAUAAUAAUAAUAGCUAUCACUCGUUCGAUAAAACGAUCUCUGAACUGUAAUAUUUAGCACUCUUGCAGCUUUUAUAUAGUUCUGUCAAAACUGUGACAUCAAAUUAUAUAUACAUAUAUAUAUAUUAUUUUGUUUCGCUUAAAUUUCAUUUGUAAUAACGCGAUACGACCAAAAAAAAAAAAAGAAAAAAAGAUAUCUGGCAAUUUUAUUAUAGCAAAAUAAUAUACGAUAUGUAAGCGCGAUAAUAUAUUAUUAGUGACUGCCUAUGAUCGUAAACUAUCGACUGUAAUACGUCCAUACGAAUCUUGUACAAAGUAAUAUUAUUAUAAUCGAAGCUCAACGUUUCUCUGAAAGAAAAUAAAAAGAACGCUCGCACAAACUUCAUAAAACAGAUUGGUAUAAAUGAAUCAAUGGAUUUGCGUAAUGAACGUCUUUAUAUAUAUAUAUAAAAAAAAAAAAGAAGAAAAAAAAGAAAAAAAAAUAAAUAAAUAAAUAAAGAAAAAAGAAAAAAAAAAAGAAAAAAAAAUACAUGCGAGAUAUAUAAAAUGAAAUUGAGUUUCAUUCUUUUGUAGAACCCUUAUAAACAAAUAAAAUAGUUCAUUUUUUUUAAUCAAACGUUCGAUCGUAUCCUACGUAUUGCGUGAAUAACUCGUUAUAAUACGAUGAGAAGGAAACUAACGUAAAUGAGUAUAGUAGUAUAGCGCUGCAAAGCUUCUCCGGAUUCUUGCUCGAUAUCAUUAUUAAACAAUAAACAUGAGAAGUAAUAAUAUGUCGUUAAAAUAACGUUUCAAAUAAAAAUACGUAUAACGCAAGUGUAGUUGAGCGUUACGUUCAGAAAUUUUAAUAGAAAAACAUGGAAAAAGAGAAAUAUUUUACAUCACAUGGAUAUUAAUCUUUUUUCGACACGAAUGUGCGUGUGUGUGCGCGCGUGUGUGUGUGUGUGUGUUGUCCUACUUAUUAUGGCAGGAUAAAACUGUCCUUAUCGUUAUCACAAUCAUAUAGUUUUCUGUUUUUUAUUUCCUCUCCUCCGUACUAUUAUUACUAUUAUUAUUAUUAUUAUUACUAUUAUUAUUAUUAUUAUUAUUAUUAUUAUUAUUAUUAUUAUUAUUAUUAUAUAUUUGAUGCAUUUUAUAUAAAAUGCAUAACGAUUCUUUUCUUUAUUUUGAAAAGAGAAAAAAAAAAGAAAAAAAUAUAUAUAUACCGGAAUCAAUUAUUUUGCCUCUCUAAUACUUGUAUAUUAAAAGUUUCCUUUUUUAUAAAUAAAUCAUAGCGAAAAACUCGGUAAAACAUUAGCUCCUUGUUUAAACGAACAACGUCCCUUUAACAUAACACGCCAUUUCGUUAUGAAUUGUAACUUUUACUUUUUUCUUAUUCGUUGCACGUAUGCCAUCAGUUAUUUGAUUUUAUCACAUACACACACGUCUACUUGUAUGCGCGUAAAUAAAUAAAUAAAUAAAUACAUACAUACAUAUAUACAUACAUACAUACAUACCUACAUAUAAGAUAACAGUAUUGGUACUAUGCUAUUACAAUGCAAUUACAAUAAUAAUAGCGGAUAUUAAACAAUAAAUUCGUAAACUACAAUUUUA